AUGAAGAGAUUUGCUGCAGUCCUCAUUUGCCUGGGAGUCUUUUGGGCUCAGACUUCUGCUUUGAACACCUUCACCCUGCGAGAUCCCAUCAGCAACUAUGUCACUGGGACCAUGACCAUCCACAGCGAGGAGCACAUCGUCGACGUGCACGUCCGCUCUGGCGUCUACUCCUCUGACACCAUUUUUGACUACACACACGGCUAUAUUGCCACCAAGCUGUUUUCACGGAAUGCCUGCUUUAUCAUGAAAAUAAAGAAGGAUAUAAUCCCAGAUAUGGAAGAGAUUGGACGUCUGGCUUUUGAGAGACAGACCAUGAGGGAUGUAUACUCUCCGAAUAACGUGUGGGCCCAGUUCCAACCUGGCACUUCCAGGCUGGGGCAUUUUAGAGACUGGAUUCUCUAUGGGAAGCACAUUGAAAAUCUCUGCACGGGGCUGCCUCUCUACGAGCUGGUGGCCACUGAACCACCAACAGAUCCUGAUGGCUGUGCCAGUGCCGGCAUUCCAAGCAUUUUGGGCCUUAAAAUCUGUGAAGAACUCAUUGCAACGGAAUAUUGA